AUGUCAACUCUACUCAAAGCCCAUUCGUGCAACCCGCUUGUGCAACCUGAGGCGAUCAGCAUCCGCACUUAUCUGCAGGCUCAAUUUGAGAGACAAGAUGGACUGCUUGGUUUUGAUUCCGGACUGCUUACCGAUGCGGAUGACACAGCGAAGACCAUUCUGUCACUGAAUCUACUUGGAUUCCCUGCUAGCCCGAAGCAAAUGCUUGAAGAAUUUGAAACGGCGGACCAUUUCCGAACCUACAAGUAUGAGAAGCACGCGUCGUUUAGCGCCAAGUGCAAUGUUCUCGACGCCCUCCUUCAUUGCAACAACCCCGAAGACUACCUUGAGCAAAUCAUCAAGGCGUCAUGGUUCUUGUGUCGCCAGUUUAACCUGGGCAAUAUCCGUGACAAAUGGAACCUCUCGGAAGGGUAUUCCAAGAUGUUGCUGUCUCAGGCCUUCAUCAAAUUGCUACAACGCUGGGACAGUGGUCAGCUAAAGGAGUUGCCACUGGAGUUGAUCUCUGAACAGAUUCCCAUCGUACUCUUCCAGAUCGGAAUGGAGACUUUGCAAAUGCAGCAAUUGGACGGCUCUUGGAGCUUCAAUGGCACGUUCAGAGAGAUAACAGCCUAUGCGGUCCUGACGCUGAAAACUCUCUCCUCGGUCCCAUGGCUUGCACAUUUCCACACUCAAAUCGAGAAAGCAAUCAGACGCGGCUCGGCAUACUUGGUGCUUAACUAUGAUCAGUGGGGUAACGACGAGUGCAUAUGGGUUGCAAAGGUCACGUAUGCGCUGCCGUUCCUUGCCAGAGCUUAUAACAUUGCGGCUCUUUCCGCUGGUCCACCUUGCAGUUGGGGUCCCAAGGUGAAAGCCCUGGUCGCUAUCUCGGUUGACCGAGUCAAGGAGAUGGCUGGGUUCUUUUCGAGCUUACCUAUGUUCCGCAAAGACGAAGCCUGGAUGCUCGAAGGGGAUUUGGUGCUAGGGUCUAUGUACCACCCUCGGCUUCUACGAAUGGGCUCUAGCGUCUUUGCGCAAGAUGAAAAGGCUGAUAACAGGUACCUCGAGUACAUACCGUUCACGUGGAUUGCAAUGAAUCGGAAGAACCACCGCCCGCUAUCUAACACGACGCUCUGGGAGACGAUGAUGGUUUCUUUGCUCGUCUAUCAGCUCGAUGAGUAUAUGGAAAUCGUGUUUCGAGAACAUCGAGACCCCAGGAUCAUGGAGCAAGUUCGGCAAAUCGUCCGGCUUCUGUGCGGGUUCGACACCAAGGGUGAUGGGAACGUGAAGAGGACAAGUGACCAUCAGCUGAACUACUUUGACUGCUCAUCUAUCCCGAGAAUGGAGGAAAUUGAUGGCAGUUCCAGCGAUGGCGCGUCACCGAGUCUGGCACUGGAGCAAGCAACAGCCACGUUGCGUGGUUUCACGUCGUACAUCCUCCAGCACUCAGCCGUCGUUAAAUCACCCGACCACAUUCGCAGAGAGCUUCACGGUGAGCUUGCUCGUUGUAUGCUUGCACACAUCGAUCACGAAGAGAACAGCCUCCAUUUCGCAGCCCAACGGGCAAAGCAACCCCUUAGCAACGACGGAGAACCAAAGAUCGUCCCUUACAAGCCCAUCGAAGGGACGUACUACUCCUGGGUACAAACCAUAUCUGCCAACGAUACACAGUCCCCAGUCAUCUUUCUACUAUUUUUAUGCCUCGCGGCGGGCGAUGGUCAGCCAUUCUUUGUCGGCGCGCGUCAGCAUUAUCUAGCCAGCGCCCUCAGCAGGCAUCUUGCCAGCUUGUGUCGACUGUACAAUGACUACGGGUCGACUGCGCGAGAUCUGGAAGAAGGGAACCUCAAUAGCCUGAACUUCCCCGAGUUUCAUGAGACCGGUCAUGCGAGGAAGAAUCCAAGCAAUGAGAAUGGAGUGCACUAUGGUAUCGAUGAUGAGAAGGCCAUGAAGGCUGAUCUCUUCUUCAUCGCGGAAUACGAACCGAGCUCGCGGUCACAUAUUACCUUCUUACCGAAUGAGGGUGGUAUUGCGGGCUCGCAGUCACUAUGGACCCGUCACUAUCGCAGACCCGCGAUCCGUGUCAUUAACGAUGAUUACGAGCUGCGCUCGCAGGAAGGUAUCAUGCGCAAGAGUGUACAUAAUUGA